AUUACCAAAUAGGUAAAAAUAGCCACUGAGAGAGAAAACAAAAAACGUCAAGUGUAACAUAGAAGUUGAAAUCAAAUGGAAAAAAAUGUGUAGAUUUUCCCACCAUCAUCAUCAUCAUUAAUUGAUUGUUUUUUGAUUGCUUUUUGAUUGGCAAUUAUCCCAUGAUAAUGUUAAUGAUGAUGAUGACGAUGUCAAGGAUUAUUUGUUUGUUCACUAAAUGAUCGUUUGGUUGGCAAAAAAAAAAAAGAAAAAGAAAAUUUGAUUGAUUGAUUAAUCGAAUUCAAAUGAUCCUAAAAGAAACGACAAUAUGAAACGACAACAAUUAUUAUUAUCAUCAUCAUCAUUGUUGUUAUUAUUCACUAUGAUGACCAUUCAAUGGUCAAAUAGUGGCCAAACAAUAACAGUGUCAGCAUCAGCAUCAGCAUCAGUUUCAUGGAAACCAAAAUCUUAUUGCCAUAGUCCAGCCAAUAUAUUGUUCGAUAAUAUUGAUGAAUUUACAAAUGCAAUGUGUACAUAUUGUCUAUAUACAAUGUAUACAAAAACGGCCAAUUUUGUUUGGCGUGAUGGCUAUAAAUUUGAUCGUUUAAAAUUUAUUGAUCAUUCACAUACGACAAAUGUUUUGGUCAUCAUGGAAAAUUCAUCAUAUGCUUAUUAUUAUGAAAUAGAUUUAAAACAUUUACAACAACAAAGAUUGAAUGGAUUAUUCCGUGAAGAUCCAAUUUUACAGGAUUUUUCCAAUGAAUAUUAUAUGGAUAAAUUUCUAAAAUGUUGUCAAGAUUCACAUGAUUGUUGUGAACAAAUGAUCAAUCGAUCUGUUGACAAUGACGACGACGACAACGACAAUAAUGAUGAUCAUCAUUGUCCAAUGAUUUGGGAUGGUUGGACAUGUUGGAUGUCAGCCGAACCAGAUUCAAUGAGUAAAACUAAAUGUCCUGAUAUGUCAUUGAUGGCAUUCCAUUAUGAUGACGAUGAUGAUAAUGAAAUACCAUUAGCUAUUCGUUCGAAUGCUGUGAAAAAAUGUCAAUCAAAUGGUACUUGGAUACAGCAUACUGAUUAUAGAGAUUGUAGCAUAUUGGCAAAAGAUGUUCGUCAAUCAGUGGUAAAAACAAGAAUCAUAUUACAAUCAAUAUCGAUCAUUUUAUCCAUUGGUGCCGUAAUUAUUUUCAUUUAUCUACGUUUAUAUGUAAAAUUUUACAUACAAUUAUUAUUGAAUUUUUUCACAUCAAUUAUUCUGUCCACUAUGAUGGCAUUAUUGUACGAUAUUUAUGUCACCAAAGGUCAUUUACAAUUUUCUGACAAUGUUAUUUUACAAAACCAAAAAUAUUGUCGUACAUUCACAUUCCUGUAUAAAGAAACACGUAUGAUGAACUAUUCAUGGAUGUUGAUUGAAGGCAUUUUUCUUCAUAAUAGUGCCGUGUUUGCAUUUCAUUGUAAAAAAAUGUCCGAAUGGCGACGAACAAUUUAUAUAUUUGGCUGGUUUGUGCCCAAUAUUAUUAUGGCCAUUUAUGGUGUUAUACGGUUAAAACAUUCCGAUAGUAUGGAUCGUUGUUGGACCGAUACUAUUGGAACAUUGGAAUGGACUUUUAUGUUUUUUCCAUAUUUUUGUUUUUUUUUCAACUUGUUGCUAUAUUGUAAUUUGAUUCGUUUCAUUUUAAUUAAAACAGUAUUCAUUAAUAAUGGCCAUACUAAAGAAUUCACCUGGAUAAAAUUGGCCACAAUUUUAAUGCCAAUUUUUGGCAUUCAAUAUACAAUAUAUAUGGUUACAAUUGAUCCAACAGCUACUACUAGUUUAUUUUUAUUGGCCAUAUUUCGUAUUCAGAAUAUUGUUGAAUCAUUACAAGGUACAAUUGUGACCAUUAUUCUUUGUUUUUUAAAUAAAGAUGUUUACAGAACAAUACGAAAAUCCAUUGUAAAAAGUUAUGGUCGUCGUAAAAGUAAUCUAUUACAUUCGGCAUUAUCCACACAGAUUACAAUGACUGAUUCAUCGAAACAAUAUCAUCGAUCAGAAUCGACUAUUAAACGAUGAUAAUGAUUUAUUGAUUUCAUUUCAUUUGUUUGUUUGUUUGUCAUUUUUUUAAAAUUAAAAA